AUGGCAGCAACGUGGCUGGACAAUGACACCAACUGGUACAUCGAGAACGGCACUGAUCAUCCUCAGUUUGGCACUCCCAGACUCUGUGGCAAUGCCACGGGAGCCAGGGUGUGUCCUACUGGCUUCGGGUGUUUGCCUGACGUGGGGGACAACCCUAACUACGGCUUCACUAACUUCGACAACUUUCUCUGGUCUAUGCUGACUACCUUCCAGCUCAUCACCCUCGACUACUGGGAGGAUGUCUACAACAAGGUGAUCGCCACGGGAGGGCCACUCCAAGUGGUAUUCUUCGCCAUAGUUGUCUUCUUCGGCUCCUUCUACCUCAUCAACCUGAUGUUGGCUGUAGUGGCCAUGAGCUACGAGGAGGAGGCGGAGAACACGGAAGAGGAGAAGACGAAGGAUUUGAUGGACCACCGUGAUGACUCUACCUUCAGUUUCGACCCAGAAAAGCUGCUCACGCUCGAUCCCCUCGAGAAGAAGAAACCCAAGAAUCGUCGUGUGAUCGUGAUGCGUCGCGGCGCUGGCAUCCUCACCGACAAGUUCUCCAAGAGGAGGAAGAAGAAGGAAGAGGAGAAGAAGGAAGGUAAAGGCCGGGGAAGCGCCUCUUCUUCCUCCGACACCGCCAGGGAGCCUUCAGCGCCGCCGACCACGCCACGGCUGGGGGGGUCGCAGCUGGGGGUGGCUGAGGGACACCAGUUGCUUUCUCGCCCGGCCUCGCUAGUGAUCACCCCCCCGCCCAGUGCCUCCCUGGCCCGUGCUCCUUCGCCCCCAGGGCGCUGUCAGGGGCCCCAGGCCGCCCCCGGAGAGGCUGCGGCGACCCGCACCGGCGGCAGUACAUCGUCAUGUGACCCAUGCACCGCUGCGGCGUCCACCCGCUGCUGCACUUGUCACUGCCACACACGGCCAGCAGCAGCAGCAGCAGACGGCAGCAUGCCGGGGCUGGUGGCGCUGAGGGGCGGCUGUGACGACCCAAGGCCGCACCUCCGCCUAGCGAACAACGCCGCCCACCGCCAGCCCUCCCUUGAUGACUCUGGUGUUGUGGGUGACCACGACGGUGCUGACAACAUCUCCAUACACCACCUGCAACACACGGCACAGGAAGGAGCAGGCAAGGCAGAACAGACGUUACUGGCAAGAAGGAAGUGUAACGGAGUGAGUCCCUCGUCCCCAGCUGCGCUCUCAGCCUCCUCACAACAUAUAGUCGUCGUCCAAGACGAACUUGUGGAUCGUAACUGCGACAAGUGCCGCGAGUGUUGCGUCAACUACCGCGUUUGGCUCAAGUUCCAGAACAUGAUGCAUGUGGUUGUUCACGACGCGGUGUUCGACCUGUUCAUCAUGUUGUGCAUCAUCAUGAACACCGUCUUCCUGGCCAUUGAGCACCACGGCAUGUCCUACCAACUCAACAAGGUCCUCGAAGUCGGCAAUAGGGUGUUCACGGCAGUGUUCACCUUGGAGUGCAUCAUGAAGUUGAUGGCCCUGAGCAAGGAGUUCUUCGUGAACAAGUGGAACGUGUUCGACCUGGUGAUCGUACUGGCCUCUCUGCUGGACCUGGGUCUGGAGAUCGGCUCUGGUCUCUCCGUGCUCAGAGGCAUGAGAUUGCUGCGGGUGCUGAAGCUGGCGCAGUCUUGGCGGACCAUGCGGGUACUACUGAGUAUCAUCGUCUCCACGCUAGGGGCGCUGGGUAACCUCACUUUCGUCCUCAUCAUUAUCAUCUACAUCUUCGCCGUCAUUGGAAUGCAGCUCUUUGGCAAGAACUACACAGCUGCCAACUUCUACCCUGACCCCGUUCCCAGGUGGAACUUCACAGAUUUCUUUCACUCGUUCAUGAUGAUUUUCCGAAUCCUGUGUGGAGAGUGGGUGGAACCGCUGUGGGACUGUAUGAGAGCUGAGGAGAAAGAUGGGUCAGAGACGUGCCUAGCCAUCUUCCUACCUGCUCUGGUGAUGGGUAACUUUAUGGUGCUCAAUCUCUUCCUUGCUCUCCUGCUCAAUUCGUUCAACUCCGAGGAACUCAAGUCUCGCCAGGAUGAUCUUGAGGACGAGUCCAGGGUGCUUCAACUAUUCGUCAGAAUAAGGGCUGCUGAGUUGACCUUCAUAAAUACUGUUGCUUCUGUUCUUGGUGAUUAUCCUGAUCAUUCCACAGGUGAUGAUGACCGACCAGAAAUCAUCGAACUUUCGGAUUUCAAUUCAGCAGAGCCCCAGUUUGCUUUUUGUACACGUGUAUCCUCCCAACAUGAAAACAGGGACCAGGAAUACACUGAACAACAGUUUCGAGAGUACCCUGCACGUGAAUAUUCUCAAGAAUACCCAGUUGGGGAAUAUCGACAGGAUUACUCAAAUGAGUUUGGGCAUGAGCAUGAUUACCAUCAAUUGCAAUUUCCAGAAUCAAACUUGUCUGAAGGAGAUGGAUACAAUAAUGAAGACAGUGUGUCAGAAGUCAACUUAUCAGAUGGCAACAUCCCCAAAAUGAAGCUGGAUGAGAUGAGCUUCAGUGACCUACACCGGUCAAGCUCUAAGGAUAUUGACGGUUUUCAGGAAGUGAGCUUCGAUCCACAAGCCAAAGAUGCUCAUGGAGAACCUAAUGGGGGACCUAAAGGGAAGCACUGGCAGACGGUGAAGAAGGAUAUUCCAAAUGUGCUGAACAAGACUCAGAGUUGGAGUGCUGUUGUUAGCUAUGUGGAUACUAUCACUGGAGGGGUUAAAGAUGAUGAGGACCCAAGAUUCAAGAGGACAGAAAUUAUAGCCAAGGAACCUGCAGACUGUUUUCCCAAACAGUUUUUUAACAAAUUACAGUGUUGUAGCCGUUGUACACAGACAAACUCCUACAAGAAGUGGUACCAUGUGCGACAAGGCUGCCUUUAUGUGGUUGACAGCCCCUACUUUGAGUGGAUUGUCCUUAUCCUAAUUUUUGCCUCCUCAGUUACCCUUUGUUUUGAAGAUGUUCAUUUGGAUUCUAAAACCGAACUUAAGGAGGUUCUCAACUACCUGAAUCUGGCCUUCGCCGUCCUCUUCACUCUCGAGAUGCUACUGAAGUGGGUUGCAUUGGGCUUUGUCAAGUACUUCACUUCUGUAUGGACCAUCCUUGACUGUUUCAUUGUCUUGGUGUCCAUGUGUAGCCUCUUCAUCGAGCAAGAUAAUCUUAUAGCUCUGAGAAGUCUUCGUACACUGAGAGCCUUGAGACCCCUCCGAGCUAUAUCUCGCUGGGAAGGAAUGAAGAUAGUGGUGAAUGCACUCAUGUAUGCUAUCCCGUCCAUUUUCAACGUGUUGCUCGUAUGCCUUGUUUUUUGGCUAAUCUUCUCCAUCAUGGGUGUUCAGAUGUUUGGAGGAAAAUUUUAUAAGUGCAUUGACCGAAAGACUGGAGAAAUAUUGCCAUUGAAGGUGGUUGAAAACAAGAGUGAGUGUUUGAAGAAAAACUACAGUUGGAUUAACAGCAAGAUAAAUUUUGAUCAUGUGGGCUAUGCUUAUCUGGCCCUUUUUCAAGUGGCAACCUUUGAGGGAUGGAUGGAAGUGAUGGCAGAUGCUGUGGAUUGUAGAGGAAUUGAUAAGCAACCUGACAGAGAAGCUAAUAUCUAUGCUUAUAUCUAUUUUGUUAUCUUCAUUGUGUGUGGAUCAUUUUUUACACUCAACCUCUUCAUUGGUGUUAUCAUUGAUAACUUCAAUGCACUCAAGAAGAAGUAUGAGGGUGGAGUGCUGGAGAUGUUUCUAACGGACUCUCAGAAGAACUACUACACUGCCAUGAAGAAGCUUGGUCGCAAGAAACCACAAAAGGUCAUAAGGCGGCCGCAGCACCAGUACCAUGCUCUCUUCUACGAUAUUGCUGUUUCUCGGAGAUUUGAGAUCUCGAUUUUCGUAUUGAUCUUCCUAAACAUGGUGACGAUGGCCAUCGAACACUACCAUCAGUCACGCACAGUUGCCUUUACAUUGGAAGUCUUCAAUGCUCUUUUCACCACCAUCUUUGGCCUGGAGGCGAUAGUCAAGAUCAUUGGCUUACGCCAUCAUUAUUUUACGGUUCCAUGGAAUCUCUUUGACUUCAUCCUUGUCUUCGCAUCCAUCAUGGGAAUCCUCCUCCAAGAUGUGCUUACCAAUUUCCCCAUCAGCCCGACACUUCUCAGGGUAGUCCGGGUCUUCAGGAUCGGACGCAUUCUCCGUCUUAUUAAGCAUAGUACAAAAAUAUUUAAACAAAAGGAAGAUAAUACGCAGUUAAAUACUGUACCCAUUGAAAGAUUCAGUGUGCCAGCCCCCGCCAAGUUAUUAAAAUCAUUGCACUUAACCUGUAAGAGUUAUACAUCAUCUGGAGAAAGAGAGAUAAUCAGGUUUGAAUUGAGGAAGCGAGAUAUAGCUCGGAGGGGUCCAAGGCUCUCAGUGUACGAAGACUUCUCAGAGCUAUAA